GCUUACUGUAAGUGUCCAUCUUACUGCCGAUUUCUUCAUAUCUCCCGAUGGCUAUUUUCUGUGGAUAAAGAUAAUACAAAAAGAUAUACUUUAUCUAAAAGAUAAACUACAUAUUUUUGUAUAUCUUUGUCAAGAGUAUCGAGAACUUAUCAGAGGCGAAGAAAUUGGGCAUUAGUCACGUAAACAUUUUGAUUUACAAAUAAAUACUUGAAUCUUUUUUUUUUUUUUAUCAGAAAACAAUUUGCAGUACAUGCAAAUGCCGUACAUGUACAUUUUGAUAGUGUUUUAUUAAAAACGAUAGUGUUUUAUUAAAAACAAAAAUAAGAUAAAUUAAUAGUGUUAUAUAUCGAUGUCACAUGGUCCGAGACUAAACGUGUUGUCUCUUGCAAAAUAAUUUAUAACAAUGAUUCGCAUAAGCCAUAUUCUGGCAAAUCUACAGAUCAGAAGCUGCAGACAAAUUUUUACAGGCGCUUCGUUAUUAAAAACCACCAAUGAACAGUCAAGCGAAUUCUUAGUAAAUGAGAAUGAGUCGCCGCGAAUGAAACAGUUUCACGAAAAACUCGAAUUACAACCGAUACCAAAAAUAGGACCACGGGAGCGAUUCGUGGACUUGGUGUUAGUAAACGUCGAUCCGAAAACCGGAGAACUGAUACCAGAUAGCGAGAAAGAGCCUACCAAGUGGGGCGAUUGGCAGCAUGGCGGUAGAGUCAGUGAUUUCUGAAGAUUGCGCAUACUUUUCGCAAAAUGUGUUUACAUACAGACAAAUGUAUUUAAGUUUUUCAGAAAAGUCACUACGAAUUUUUAUUAACAAUGACAUUCCGUGUAUCUGGUAUAGUAUUAAUUAAAAAAAAUGUUGCUUCCAGAAAACACUAUAAUCUUAUGUUUCCGGCACGCUAUGAUAAUCUGCGCAAAAAACUCACGUUUUUAUCAUUUUUACCAGAGUUAAUUAAUAUGUUACAUGUAUAAAAAUAUGCAAUACUUUAUCACAAAUACUGAAUAAUGCGCAUGUUGGAGAAUUAUAACAAACGUAUACAUCAGAGCGAUUAAAUUUCUUGCUACCAUAUUGAGUACAAUCUAUAAAAACGAAUACAAAACCAAAUCGUUAAUAAAUAUCAAAGUAUAUCAAAAACAAUCUUGCUUUCACUAACGUGCGACUGAAAGAUUUAAUAAGAACUUAAUUUGUAUUUGCAUCGGCGUAGUGUAUUCUUUUUUUUUCUUUCUUUAGUAGCGGCAGAAAUUUUUCUAGCCGAGAUAUAUAAGUGUUUACAGCUACUAUAUACAUAUAUAU